UUUACAUAUAUAUUUGUCUCUCACAUUUGUCUAGAUUAUUUUAUUCAUCAUUUGUAACGUAGAGACGUCUCUAUAAUUGUAACAACAUUUUAUAAUUGAUAUAAUUGUGUCAGAUUUAAUAUUUGCAAUUGGUGUUAAAAUGAAUUAGACCUACAUAUACAGAGUAUUCCUCACUGAACGUAUUUAAAUUAAGCACUGUAAAUUCUUUUGACAAAUUUCAAAUCGUUUUUUUUUUUCUUUAUAAAAACUGUCAAAUAUCCAACAACUUUUAAGCGAUUAAAAAUAAAUAUUUCUUUCAAAAUGUAAAUUGAAGAGAAUAAGUGAAUAACGUAAGAUCAGUAUACUGCAGAAAUUUUAAUUGUGCCAACCGAUCUAACUAUAUUGCGCGAACGCAACCGCCGUAAGACCGACUUUUCGACAUCGGUGCGGUCGGUGUCGCCGUGCCAAGCAACGAAGGUGAUCGGUAGUGGCAUGGUCGUGUUCUGGAACACGUGUCGUCGGCUGAUAGUCGCGUGUCAUCAUUAAUUGAUAAACGCGACGACGAUAUAUGAUGUUAGAAGCAUUUGCUUUCAGGAAAGAAUGCUUAAAUGUGUCAAAUAUAUGGCGUAUUGUGCGUGUGUGUAAACUGUAACGUAACAUUUAUCCUCGCAGAAAAUAAAAUCUCGCCUGAGAACUCUUCUAUGACACGUGUAUAUAUCGCAAUUUUACAUUGCAUUUAUAUCCUGGUACAACUACAUAUAUUGCAUGAUUAGUUGUUGCUUUGAAUUUGUUACGCAUAAAAGAUUAACUCUUGAGUUAUUAUUAUUGAUCUGACAUAUGAUAAUAUAAUGAUAUCGAGAGCGAUCUUUGCGAAUGAUUUGCAAUAUAUUCUUUUUUACUCUAAUCUCUUUUGUUUUGCUUUUUCUCUCGAGUAAUAAGAAAAUUUGUCUCUGCGUAUUUAUCAGUCCUCGAAGGCAACGUUGAAAUAAUUAAAUCGCCGAUGAAUCUUUCGUUGAGUACAUCGCGUUGAGUAAUCGCUUUUAAAUUAGUAACCGGAACUCAUUCCCAGAGUAUUAAGUAACACGCGUCUCUCGCGAAGAUUACGGAAGUUGGAGAGGUUAUCGAGUACAUCGUUUUGAAGAUUAAGUAAGAAGGAGCACGCAUCCUUGCGGAGGAUAAAACUGCGAAAUCAAUAAUCUUUCAACAAGAGAAUAUAAGUUUCUUCAAAUAUACAUUUGGUUUCUCAAAUCAAGGCAUCUUAGUGGAAAGAAUAACGCUAGCUACGAGGCGAAGAGUCGACGCGACGUCAAGAUCGAACAUGGCUUUGUUCCCUGCAAACAGCACAAAGCCGUUGGUCGGCGGCAAUUACGUAUUGAAUGUUUUAAACUACAUUAAUGAACUGAACGAGUCGUUUAGUGCUGAGCAGUUGAAAUGUCUCGAACGCCAACAUCAGGAACGCGAAAACCAGAGGCAGGAACAGCAAGAAUGUGAAGUAAGCUGGGACACCAUACUGUGCUGGCCCCGGACGCUUUCUGGCACCUUGGCUACUAUCCCCUGCUUUGACGAGCUCAACGGAAUACCUUACGAUAGCACUCUAUCCAUCUCGCGGACUAUUCGAGAAUUAUACAUUCAUAUUAGAAAUAAACUGAAAAAAUUGCUAAAAUCCAAGGAAAUAUUUCUCACAAAUAAGCGAUAUAUUGUAUGCAAUAUUUAAUACCGAUUGUUCUCAUUGUCGGACAAAAAUAAAAUUAAGAAUUUAUAUAUUAGAAUCGUGCUACACUAGCUAUAUCGGCGAAAUGAUCGAAAUUUUUACAAGACGAAUCGCAUUUUCAUUACGAUCCGAAACGUGCAAAAUCAAGUAAAAUGUAUUGUUUAUUUAAACAGAAUCCAGUAUGUCAAAACCGAUAUAUAAUAUCGAUUUAUUUUUUUCUAUUUCUCAAAUGUAAAUUUAUAUAUGUAAUCGAACAAUGUUACGAUUUGAUUCCGCAGAUAAAUUUUUGUUAAAAAUUUCCAAAAAUAUCGCUAAUGGUGUGAGAGCAUCAGCUUAAUUGACGAAUUAUAGCUUUGUUACGAUACAGUUCAGCUCCCUCAAUUUGAUCCUAUAUUUGAUUUGAUUAAUUUGAAGUUCAUCAGUAAGCCAGCUGAUGUUACAAAGAGAGAGAGAGAGAGAGAGAGAGAGAGAGAGAGAGAGAGAGGGAAAGAAUCUCAAUCCAGAUUCGAAACAAACUUCUAUGGACAAAGUUUAAUUCAAUAAAUGUUAAUUGUGUAACUUUUAAAGCCAAAAAAGUAUUUUUGUUAAAUAAAUAAUGGCACAUUCCACGUGUCAAAGCUUCACCUAAAAAUAACUGUUUGGAAUUUUUAAAAUAAUCAUGAACAUAUGUUAGUGCACAUAUUGUAUUAGAUUAAAGAUGCAUCCAAGAUAUCCGAAGAGUCGUUUUAAGAAAUUUUUCUUUUUUAACAUUUUUAGUUAAAAUUACAACGUUGUAUACAUACAAUAUUUUAGAGUUUUUUCCGUACUUUCAGAUAAAAACAUUAAUUUUAGAGAA